AUGUCCAAUCUUUUGUCUGUGAUCACUGGAUUGUUGAAUGUAUAUUACUCCGUUGAUGCAAGCCUUAGUGAUAUUAUGAGAGUUGUCACAGCAAGAACGACCGAGAAAGGUGUUAUUGAUACAUACCCAACAACUCCAAUAUGUCACUUUCUCGAAAUUGAACAGACCGAGGCAGCUCUGCUGGACUGGCUCCAGACAAAGGGCUGCGACACACUCCCAGAAUCUCUCAUUAUCACAGCUUCCGUGGUGUUUGGCUUGGUUGACGCACAUGAUCUCGUGGCUCUGAUUGAUACGUGCCUAAAGGAGGUCGCCGUACACACGCAGCUCCAGCGAGAAGAGGGGAGUUGUAUGGUAUUCCUUUCGCGAGAAGGACGAUGUUUGAUGCAAGAUCGAAUGUAUCGAGCUCAAAUGGAAGUUUCACUAUUCAGUAAUGCUAUCACGAACUUGUGCGAAGAACUAGAAAAUAGGAAUCAUCCCAUUGACCGACAGAAGCCGGUCACAGUCGACGUUGGCGUGUAUGCUGGAGUGCGCGCAGCACGUAGUUUUGUCAAUGUCGAUUUCUUUCAACCUUCAAAGGCGACUGAAGACAAAUGUAAUGCAUGGCUUCUCGCAUCAUCGCAUUUUCAAGGCAUGACGCAGGUUGAUCCUGAUACUAUCCGCGCACUUCUCGAUUCUCCAAAAACUUCCGAAGUUCCGCAUCUUUCUGAAUGCGUUUCAAGGGAAUCCAAUGUUCUUGAUACUGUGCAGCCAGACGAUCUACUUUCGCUACCUCGGUUGUUGAAAACCUGGGUAGACAAUGUCACAUACCGUGCUUAUAUGAACGCAUCUUCUGCAGAAUGCAAAGCGGUACAUAUCAUUGACAGGAAGAGCUUCAAAACAAAGGAGCAAAAAUCUGUGGAUAUCCUUAAGUCCGAUGUCCGUACUUUAGAUUUAAAGAAGCAGCACGCACAGGCUGAAGUAGACAUGUUUUCGGAAGCCAUGGAACGCCUGUCCGAGUUCGAGGGCACGUCAGAUGGCAUAUGCUCUGAGGCUAUAACGUUGGACUCACGUUUAUCCGACAACUAUCUCGAUGAUUGGGUUUCAGAGUUAUCAUUAUCAUUCUCUUCCGAUACUUCCGUGCUCUUGUAA